CUCAAAGCACCAGACAGCACCUCAGGGGUUAUAUCAAAGACAAUCGACAUCUGUUUGCACAAAGAGGGGAACAGCUUUGGUUUCGUCAUGAGAGGCGGUAUCCACGAGGACUGGCACAAGUCCCGCCCCCUAGUGGUCACCUACGUCAGGCCGGGAGGUCCUGCAGACAGAGAGGGGACACUGCGUCCCGGGGACCGUCUCCUUAGUGUGGAUGGCGUGCCGCUGCACAACACCAACCACAGCGACGCGCUCAGUGUGUUGGCUCAGUGUGGCCAGGAAGCCCUGUUCCAGAUAGAGUAUGACGUCACCAUCAUGGACACCGUGACAAACGCCUCCGGCCCGCUUUUAGUGGAAAUCGCCAAGGCGCCCGGAGCAACGCUGGGUAUCACGCUGACAUCGGCCAAUCAUCGAAACAAGCAGGUCAUUGUCAUCGACCGGGUUAAACCUGGCAGCGUGGUGGACAGAUGUGGAGCAUUGCAUGCUGGGGAUCACCUGCUGUCCAUAGAUGGCACAUCGACAGAACACUGUACAGUCCUGGAGGCAACACAGCUAUUAGCGAGCACAACAGAACUGGUGAAAUUAGAAAUACUCCCCUCCCAUCAAACAAGGCUAACUGGGAAACAGCACGACACAGUGAAGGUUCAGAAGUCGGACCACCCCCACUCCUGGGACCCCUGUGUGAACUACUGUCACCCUUCAAACUCCACCCUCUGCAACACAAGCGCCACCCUCAACAAGUCGUGGACCGCCUCGAAUAACAACACCAUCAACCUUGACUACUGCAAGUCUCUGGUAUCUGCCAGUUUCUCUCCCAGCUCUACCACUACAUCUGGACCCAGUAGCCAGAGCUCCAGCACCCUGCCCAGGCCUACAGUUCCCAUGAGCCCACGUAACUCGCUGCUCAAACGACGGCAGAGAAAGAAAGAGCACAAAAGCUCCUUGUCUCUGGCGUCCAGUUCGGUGGGUCCGGGUGGUCAAGUGGUCCAUGUAGAGACCAGUGAGGUCGUCCUAACAGGCGACCCACUCAACGGCUUCGGUGUCCAGCUGCAGGGAGGCAUAUUCGCCACCGAAACGUUGUCCGCACCCCCACUUAUCCGAUUCAUAGAGCCCGACAGCUCUGCAGAGAGGUGUGGCCUGCUGCAGGUUGGAGACCGCCUCCUGUCAAUCAAUGGAAUCCCCACAGAAGACGGAACACUAGAGGAGGCCAAUCAGCUUCUCCGAGACGCGGCGCUGACCAAUAAGGUCACACUGGAGAUAGAAUUCGAUGUAGCAGAGUCAGUGGUGCCUAGUAGUGGUACGUUCCACGUCAAACUGCCGAAGAAAAGAGGAGUGGAACUGGGGCUCACCAUCAGUGCCAGUAAGAAGCCAGAAGAGCCCCUCAUCAUUUCUGACAUCAAGAAGGGCAGCAUGGCCCACAGAACAGGAACACUGGAGCCCGGUGAUAAGCUGUUGGCCAUCGACAACAUCCGACUGGAGAACUGCUCUAAGGAGGAUGCCGAGCAGAUCCUGCAGCAGUGUGAGGAACUGGUCAAACUAAAGAUACGCAAAGACGAAGACAACUCAGAUGAGCAGGAGACGUCAGGCAGCAUCAUCUACACAGUGGAGCUGAAGCGGUACGGAGGCCCUCUGGGUAUCACCAUCUCAGGCACCGAGGAGCCUUUUGACCCCAUCACUAUAUCCGGCCUAACAAAGAGAGGCCUUGCCGAGAGGACAGGGGCUAUUCAUGUAGGUGAUCGGAUCCUGGCUAUCAACAGCGUCAGUUUAAAAGGCAAACCCCUGAGUGAAGCGAUCCACCUGCUGCAGAUGGCUGGGGAGACGGUCACCCUCAAGAUAAAGAAACAGCUUGAUAAUGGAGAGGAGAGGAAGGCAGCAGAUGCAGAGGACACCACAGAGAAUGAGCUCAGUGACCCGGAGGAGGAUGAUUUGACGGACAGCCAACAGACCAAUAAGCUGUCAGAGCUUUAUUCCACAACCAUACCCAGCGUCGACUCUGCCAUGGAGUCGUGGGAUGGCUCAGGGAUGGACGCCGGCUAUGGCAGCCAGGGUACAUACAGCCACCAGGCAGCUGGUAUCGCCCUGCACCCCCAUGAGUGGCGUAGUGCCAAGCAGCAGCGCAGCACGACGCCUCCUCCUGGACGCCGGAAGAACUACCCAUUCAGUGACGGAGGAUUCAGUGAGGACGACUGGGACAAACCACCUGGAUUUAUCGGCCAACCACCAGACGGUAUUCUGUUGGAUCCAGAUGACAGUUUCUGGUGUCAGGCACUUGAGGAUCUGGAGACAUGCGGCCAAUCAGAACUACUCAGAGAGAUAGAGGCAUCCAUUAUGACAGGAACAGCCAUCAGUCUGGGUGUAGACGGCAUCAACAAGCCUCCAGCUGAGCCCAUACUGAGUCACACCAGGAUGAGCCCGUUGCGGAGAAAUUCUCUCCUGCACCAGGGAAACCUGCACCACCAGGGUACGCACCUCCACCAGGGCGCCCAUCUGCACGAGGAGGGCCACCUGCACGAAGAGGCCCAACUCCACCAAGCCCACCUGUUCCAGGAGGCCCAUUUCAACCACGAGGCCCACCUGCACCAGGGUUCCCACAACCACCAAGACAACCAUUCCCCUCUCCUGCACCACGAGCCCAAGCCGAAGGCCUCACUGCGAGUGUCAGAGAGGACGUGGGAGUCUCGUCGGAUCAAAGAGGAGAUGCAGGGGAUUCUGUCCCCAACGCCUUUGGAGCUGCACAAAGUAACGGUGGUAAAGGACCCAGAGAUCGACGACUUUGGCUUCAGCGUGUCCGACGGCUUCUUGGAGAAAGGAGUUUACGUCAACAUGAUCAGACCUGACGGACCAGCUGACCGAGCCGGGCUCAAACCCUACGACAGGAUCCUGCAGGUGAACCACGUGAGGACGAGGGACUUUGACUGCUGCCUGGCGGUGCCUCUGAUCACAGAGGCUGGGGACAGACUGGAGCUGGUCAUCAGUCGCAACCCACUGGCAAACGACGACGACGACGACGACACAGAGGACAAUAACAACACUUUAGACCACCCGCUGGACCUGUAACACAGACAAAAAGACAGAGCGAAUGCAUGUGUGUGUGUAUGUCUACCGAUGUAUCUGUCAGUCAAACUCAGGCAGAUGACAUACUCUAACUGGUGAUGAGGCGCAAAGUUAUAUCUACUGGAACUGGCCCAAACGCACAACACACACAAACGCACGUCACCGGCUUGCAACAAUUCUACUUAAACACAGAGACUCCUUGAGGCACACACACACACUUGCAUGCUUACACAUUCACCCCUUCCCAUUCACACUGGGUUGAACUGCUGUCAUACAGUAUAAUCCGCGAUGAAAUCACUGGCACCGUGCAGAGAAACCACCAGAGACGCUCUCCUGAAGGCUGGCUUUGAGUCCUCGCAGUGUUGUUCCAACGUGAACCGCUUACUUGGCCCUUUAACCAGCCCAUAACUGAUUCUGACUCUUUAAAUAUUGUUUUUACUUAAAACAAAUGAAUAAAACCCUGCAAUUUGGGUUAGGUAAUUUCAGCAGUUUUUAAUGCCAGGCCACAGGUUUAUAGAAAUGUCUAGUGCUAAUGUUGCCAGAGGGAUCUGCCUUAUUACACAAUAUUGUAAGUGAUUCUAGUAAAUUUCAAGUAAAACCUUAUUGAUAAAAGAGAGGAAAUGCCUUGCUCAGUUUGCAGAUUCCAUUUGUUUUAAGAAAGGCCCUCAACACUCACUAGACGAUGGGACCAACAGUUUAUAAAGGAAUUGUGUCGGACUGUGGUUGUAUGCAUAAAGGUGGACUUCUAUGUUGGAUACGUCUGCACAUUUAUUGCAGACGUUAUUAUUACUGCACAGUUAUUAGUGAAUUAGCACAGAUUAUUGUGGAAUUUGUGCCAUCAUUACACGUUCAAGACGUGGAUGUUAUCACAACUGCCAAACAGUUUUUUUUCCAAUCAUCAAAGAGAAGAAAAAGAAGGGAAGGAUUGCUUUCCUUUCGCGUCUUGAAAGGAUUGAUGAGCAAAGGCAACUUUUGCUGCAACACAGUUGGACAGCUGUGCUCGUGGAGAUGCCUCAGAGUAAACUGUGAUUCCAACAGAAAAACAAUUUUCCUGCAACCUUCUGAGAGAUUACUGACCCUUUUCCGGGUUUUCGUUUGGGUUGUGGUUUUUAUUUGCAAAUUGCUGGGAGAGUUCCCAAUCGGUCCCUAGAGUUGACUUAGAGCACUGGGUUCAUCUCACCUCAGCUCAUUGCUGGCCUACAAAGUUGAAGAGCAGUAGCUAAAUAGCAGGGCUCAUGAUGAUGGUUGAGGUUCACAAUAAUCAGAAAUAACAUAUGUAGACCGUUAAAAGGUGCUGCGCGAAGUACCACAUAUAUUUUGAAACCGUAGUAUAAUUGCCAUAAACAAACAAGGUGAAGGAGCCUGUCGCAGCAUCCAAACUGUAUUUUACACUGUGAGCCAGUGCAAGCUUUUUAGGAUAAUUGCUUUGCACAAAACAGGAAUGAAGCAAUGUUCUUCAACAACAAACACAGCUACAAUAAAGCCUGUGAGUUCAAACAAAUGGUAGAUUAAAUGUAAGGCCUGUGGGAACAUAGUUAUCCAACAUGGUUUAUCUUCACAGUAAACAGACAAAAGGGUCAAUUUGUAAUUUCCACUGGUAUGAAUCAAAAUUCGCCCGGGGAGUUAAUACUUAAGUCCCGUGCUGACUCAGCAUAACUAAAGAGUCAGACAUACACUGACACAUGACACUCUUUUUGCAAGAUGUGAUUUAGUAUUAAUGCUUAACACUCCUUGUUCUCAUAAUUUAAGGCUCCACCAUAUUGCUGCUCAUUUAUGGAUUGUAAAAUAUACAAGCAUAGCGAAGCAUGUUUGGCGGUAUUAGGUGUAUAUUAUUCUUUGACUUGAUUCAUAAAUAGGUAGCUAGCUCGACAUAUGCUGCCUACUGUAUGUCAAGAAGAAAAGAGUGAACAAAAGUCAAAAACAAGCAACACCGGUUCACAAGCAAUACAGUCGUAAAGCAACACUAUGUAACUUUUCCCGCUUCGGUCCCCCUACAGGUUGUCUCAUUGGAACUACAGCUCGCGCUACCCGCCGCUUCGGUCCCCCUACAGGUUGUCUCAUUGGAACUGCAGCUAAAAGUUACAUAGUGUUUCUUUAAGUUGCAAAAAAAAAAAAAAAUCCAAGUAUCAACAGUACCACUGUUUAGGAAUAGAUGCUACUAAUCAGUCCACCACACAGUCUCGUUUAUAACCAGCUAUGGCAACAAUUUUGACAACUGAUGUUUAAAAUGCUCCACAUAGGACCUUCAAAUGAUGUCUACCGUAUAUAAAGUGUUACUGCUGUUUGGCUUUGUAGGGAAGACAAAAUACUUUUGCAAACAAAUAUAACAGCAUUGUCUGCAAACAUAGAAAUUGAAUUUGUCAGGAUGCUGAGGGUAGCAGGCUGUUCAGAAUAGGAACAGGACACACACACACACACACACACACACACACACACUCACUCUCAGAACAGGGCCAGCAUGCACAGAUAACAUAAGGACAUGACACAAUGCAGUUUGUGUUUGACUUGUUCAUGACUUUGUUCAUGUUUCUGUGUGUUCGGCUGUGUUGUAUUGCAUCUCUGUUUCUAAUGUGCAUGUACGUGAGUGUGCCAGUGCAUUUCUAUCUUUGUGGGUGUAUCUGAAAGGGUGCAUAUACAGGGUGCAACUGAAACUGCUCAAUUCUCAUAGUAGCUUUGGCUGAACUUUCGAAUGCAUUUUGCACAGAAGCUGUGGCCUAUCUCUUCCAAACUAUAGGUUUAUGCAGUGCCCACCACGUUUAAUUACUUAAACUUUGCUUCUCAGAAAUAAUGUUUUAUCUGUUUAUCUGGUGGAGGGCUCUUAAUAUUAAAUGAUAAUACCCAUGAGAUUUGGCUGCCAUUGCUUUGGAGACAAAGCCAGUCACAGGUGCUAAUUAGAGCUGUAGGGAAUUCAAAAUACUUUAUCAGUGCAAUUGAAAACAAAAUACUGUGUCGUAGUUGCUGAUAUCAUCCAAAAUUGUGAAAAUUCAAAAGUGAAUUGAUUUUAGCUGCAGAUUGUAUUUUUAAUCCUCUAAACAGCAUAAUCUUUAGCUUCCAACAACCGUUAGCAGUGCAAGUAACAGAUUUUUAAUCUGUGGUUGAAUGUUUGCACUAUAAUGCACCAAUGGGACCUUUAAAUCAAAGAACCAGAUAUUUCAUGCUAAGAAGUAGUAGUACUAUAUAAUAAAAAUAAUGAUUAAACAACAAGAAAAUGUAUCACAUUUGUGACCCUCAAAAAGUGUGCCAACUGUCAGUGCGCCUAAAAUAGCUCCACUCACUUUACAACUCUGUCUUACUACAAAAAUACCCCCAUGCCAAACUCAAAGAAAUCUGAACCUUUCAUUUAUUGACUUCUCUUUUCACCCUCCCACCUCUCCUCACUGCCUAUUUUUGGUCUGUUUGGCAACCGGAAAGAUUCAUUCCACUUCCUGUCUUCAUGAUUUUCUCUUAUCCCUGACAAAACUGUCUUUGCCCUUAUUUUCUUUGCAUUAACAGAAAUGUGAUUGGCUGUCGCUCCCCUCCAACUGCACACGGCUGUGUGUAUGUGCGUUUGGCAGAGAUGAAUUAUAUACAUGUGUACAGUGUAUACGGGUUGCCUGGGAUAUAACAUUUCAUACAUGUGUUCCUGUGUAUAUGUAAGUACGUAAGCACAAUAGAGAGAACCAAUACUGUGUGAGUGUAUGAAAUAAAAAGAAACAGAGGAAUACUGCAUGUGAGAAUGUGUGUGAGUGUGUGAAAGGGAGGAGACAGAAUAGCCUUUGUGCUCUGAAGGAUUGGAAAAUGUUUCGACAGGAACAAUCACAACCUCUGUUCUCUCUCUUUCACUGUUUGCAUGUCUCCCACUCUUUCUUCAUUUUGUUACAUAAUACAGUAAGAAUCCAGCUGCCCCCUUUGAGAUCACCCGUGUGUGUGUGUGUGUGUGUGUGUGUGUGUGGUGGGGGGGGGGGCUAUCGGUAUGUGUGCCUCUUUGUGUACUAUAUAAUUUUGUUUACAUGUACGUAUCCAAGGAUGUCAGGUUUUUCUUUUCCUUUUAAGCAUGUAUGAGCUUUUGAGCAUGCAUUGUGUGUGUGUGUGUGUGUGUGUGUGUGUGUGUGUGUGUAAGAGAGAGAGAGACAGAGAGCUAGGUGGUGUACAUUUCAUUGUACAGUGGUGAUAUUUUUCAGGGUUGUGGGCCGUUCCAAAACCCUGAUGAGAGUGAAAACAGUAUAAACUCAGUUUUUGUGAGCGAGCCGGAGGAAGUCAACUUUUUUCAAAAAUAACAAAAAAAUGGACAUUUACUUCUCUCCGAGCAUUUACUACAAAAAAAAGAAGCACACUGUUGAAUACCAUGCACUGUAAGCAUUUUCAUGUACAAUGGAACAAACUUGUCUGAGUGUUUUUUACCCAAUGUCAAGUGGCCAAAAAAAAAAAAAAAUUGUUUUGUAUAGUAACGAAGGAAAAAAAAGACAACAUGCUGAGAAAAGCCUUCCAAAUUGUUCUGUUGGUUUUUAUGUAUGUACGUACGGUAUGUGUGGUCAUCCAUACUCCCUAUGCAUUUCUGGGUCAAAGGUCAGUUUAAAGCCCAAUCCGGAAUCGUAACAAAAGUCCCACAGAGGAGUGAAGUUUAUAAGAAAAUAUAAAACUGUAUCACAGUUAUAUGAUUGUUACGAUGUAAAAAAAAUGACACAUUUACAGAUAAGUGGUUGGAAAUGUGAAAAUGACAAAACAUUCAAUCACUGCGACAAUGUAGGACUGCUUUGGAAAUCAUUUAAUUCAAAUUCAAAUUAAUAAUACAGAUUAUUGAGUCACUCAUUUUUGAAUUUUGGGGGAGAAAUGUCACAAUGUCAGUCUGAAGAUUUGCCCCUGAACCUGUUAAUAGAUGUCAUUACAUUGACACAUUGUUAUAUAAUCUGACAUUUAUUACAGUACCAAAUCAGCUGCAGUACAUGCCCGCCUCCUUAAACACACACUGACACACAAUAGAUUGUGUUUCUAUGGUUCAUCUUAACCUGAAGCUUCAACAGAGCCCAGUUUCUGAACAAGAGGAUGGUAGUUCAAAAUCCCUUUGCCAGGAUGGAAGCCAGGCUGGGGGAGAAGACGGAUUUAGCAGCAGGGCCAUAACUGUGUGUUUCUUGAACAAGUUCCUGUUGGAGUUCGAGCACGUGUUGGAGUUAUUACUGCAGUUUUUGUUAUUGUGCAAUGGAAGGCAGUCAUUCUUUCAGCGUUUGAAUUUGGAGACACGUUGAAGAAAAAAAAAAGAUCACUGCUUACUGUUUCUGUCAAGUUGCAGAUUUCUGUUUGUACUGUUUGAGAAAAAAGUAGACUUUCAGUUUUGUUUUUUUUACCAUGCAGCGGCAGCGCAUACUGGAGGUUCUCAGCCGCUAGCUAACAGUUGCAAAAGCUGAUUUAAUGUAGCUGUGCACAGCUUUACGUAACAGAGUUCAGACAUGGCUUUUGUAUUUGACUAGCUGAUUAUUUAAUUAGAUUUAGCAUGUUUUCUAAAACAAACAAACACAGUAUCUGUUAAAUUAACCAUUAGAAAACUAUAGCUAACAAUUAUUAAUGGUUAGCUAAAUAUUAGCAUACUGCCUGAUAAUUUUUGCAUUAUUUCCCAUUAUCGUUUUCAAAGCUGUGUUAGGCAAUUUAUUUUGGGCAUCGUUGGGCAUAAAUUCCCUAAUAAUCUUUCAGCAUAUUGUAAUUCAAGUGGAAAGAGAGAAAAUUAAACAUCUGCAUCUCCUCUUGGCUCGGUUUUCAGGCUUUAGAAAAGCUAGCCCGUGACGGUAGUGAAACAGAGAGGGGAGAGAAAAAGCUGCAGGAGGAGGUCUCACUCUACUUUAAAUUAUUGCUGUGUACUAAUGAUAAACACUUUAAAAAAAAUCAAAUAUCCUUUCAAGAAGUUUCCUCUGGCUAUGGGACUGAGACUACGGUUAACAUGCUAACAUAGUAUGUUGUCAGCUAACCAUUAGCAUUCUGCCCAGAGAGCUAAAGUUACCAUGUUGCCAUUUCUGUAAACAUGAAUGCCAACUUCUUCACUGGACCUCAAGCCCUCUGUGGCUGUGACUAUACUGAGGGAAAAUAAGAUAAUGGUACUUCAUUUCCAAAGCACAUUUCAGUGUCUUAUGUUGGUCACGACUGUUUCUUCAAUCUUUGCCACACAUUUCUGAUAAAUUCUGAGUUAUUGGAGUCACGCAAGGCUAUGACAUUUGUAUUUCUUUUAUGACUUUAUUUUAACAUAAAAAAAUUUAAAAAAAGAUGCGUUGACAAGUGGCAUCAAAGCGUGUUGCGAUUCUGGAUUGGGCCAUUAACAAUGUUUGCGUUGAUAUUGUGUAUUUUUUUCAAAUUGUGUAAAGUUCUAUUCUAUGUAAUAUAGUAUUUUUCUAUGACAAUAUUACUCUCCCGAAACAUGGGAGGAAAACAAAACAGAAAUGAUCCAAGGGAAAAUAAAAUGUAUGACUUGUUGUUGUCGGGUUUUUUUUCUUCAUUUUCUAUGAAACAAAGAGUGUACUGCUAUACUUCUCUUUUCGAGAAGAACAAGAGAAAAGAUCAGAAGCAAGAACAAUAAAAUGUCUAAUUUUA